UGGAGACUGCGCGCGCAAUUCCGACGUGGCGUCACUUGGCCACUGAAGAGAAGAGCAGAGACCCGCAAGGAUGAGAUAAGCCCUGUCGCUUUUUUUUUACCCCGACCCAGCGUUAUAUUCAUUAGCCUUUGUAAUAUUUGUCGCGACCUUUUCCAAAAUCACGGAGGAGGGCGGCUCGUCGUCGCCGGCUGCUCUCGAACCGCUGCCGUGGGUGUGCUUCGCAGUUGGACUGUGUGUGCGUGUUGAGGUUUUCCUAGAAGGACAAUGGAAGCGUGAAGGCACUGAAUGAAGACUCAAAUCCUUGGAAAUAUGGAAACAUCUGAUGAAUUGGCCCGUUCCGAUAUGGCGGGAGAAGCGGAAAUUCCAGUCAAAGAGGACCAAGGCGUAAUUCCGCCUGCUUCCCAGGAGUCCGGCGGCACAGUGGGAUUAAGCAAGGUAGACCUCGCAGAGACGCCAGGGUCAACGGUGGGAGCGGACGCCGCCGGCGCUCCACCGAGCGGCGUGGCUGUCAAAAUGGCCACCACCGUCCUACAUCCUGUUUGUCUGGGAGACAACCCACUGAUGCUACCCAUCCACCUCCAGAUGGCGGCGGCCCCCGGGCCCCAACUGGGUCCAAUGGGGGCAGGGCCUUACUUGCUGACAGGCCCCAACCAGGUCUCCCUUCCGCUGGUCUUGGAUCCCGCUGUGAUCCCACAGAACAACAUCAUGUGUCCCAAUCCGUUGUCUUUCCUGGAGCAAAAAACAGCGGCGGCAGCCACGCAGGAUGCCAACCUGUUCUCCCUCCUCCAGAACCCCGCCUUUGCCGCAAUUCUACAGGAUCUUUUCCCGCCCCAGACCGGUCCCGCCACCUGCCAAUCUCUUGGCCCCCCAUAUGUCCCGCCCACCUACUCGUCCCCCUUGGCCCCACUAGUCCCGCCCGCGACUCUCCUGGUCCCGUACCCUGUGGUCAUCCCGCUGCCGGUUCCUUUGCCGAUCCCACUACCCAUCCCUGUUCCCCAGACCGAGGACUCCAAGAGCAACCUGCCAAAAGCCAUCUGCAUGGAAACCAAAAGCACUCAGACUCCCAGAGAGCAAGACGCGGUGCAGAAAAGCUCGUCCCCGCAAGUUCUGGACUUGUCUAUGCGAGGACCAUGUCCUCUCGAACCCAAACAGGAAUACCUCAGUCCACAGCUGCAAGAUGGCGUGCUGGACUUGUCGGUACCCGCUGCCCAGAAACACCACGCCCCGUCCCGCGGUUCCAUGCGGUCUUUGGAACGUAGCGCCAGUCUUGACUCUAAGAUCCUGGGCAGUCUGACGUCUUUGGACUUCACUCGUCAGCACAAGUGGAUGGUGGAUGGUGGUGUGGGCGGGUCUUCCUCCCUGGGGCCGGCGGGGUCGCCCAACCUGGAGAUCGUCGGCACCCCACAGACGGCCAAGGUCAUCGUCUCGGUCAAGGAUGCCAUCCCGGCCAUCCUCUGCGGGAAGAUCAAGGGCCUCUCGGGAGUGUCCACUAAGAACUUCUCCAUCAAACGAGACGGGAGCCAGGGGAGGCCGCCCCAGCUCUUUGAGGUGCCGCCGCCCCGGUCUCCGGCGUCCCAGCAUGGUCCCAGCGCAUCCCUUAAGAAGGUCCACGGUAAAAACAGAGCCAUCAAGCUGAAGAAAGUCAGCUCGCAGGAGAUCCACUUCCUGCCCAUCAAGAAGCAGAGACUGGCGGCGCUCUUACCCAGGAAGUAAGCGACGGCGACCCCUCGAGGAGCCCAACAAUCACUGGAACACACUGGUUACACAAAAGCAGGGUUUGCUCAAGUGCACACUCAAGGGCUUUUUCCUUUUUUACAUAUGCCUUACGUCCACGUUAACGGCACUACGGGAUAUGUUUCACUGUUUCCAAGGCACAUCUAAUCGUAAAAAGUCUGCCAGAGGGGACUUUUGGGUGAACUUAAAAUGCAUUGCAGUUGAACCUUGUCAACGCACAUGUCCAGCUGUUCAUUGUUUCACUUCUGUGUGUACAACUUGCCGUUCUCUAACAAGAGACUCGAGGUCGAAAUUCACAACAGGUGUUAGGUCCAUGAAAACUUCCAAGGCUAUCCAUGUCUUUGCCUUUCUGUGACUCUUCCAGUCUCCCCGUUGAAACCUGUUGAUGUGACCUUCUUGGAUCGGUGGCUACUUUCCCCCCGAGAACAUCCUGUCUGAAGGCUCCUUUAUGGCCAUUGAUCUUACCGUGUCAUCAGCAGGUUGCAAAAAACCGGAUGAGUCCUGACCAGUGGGGCAGAAGUGGCAGUAAAACAGGCCCGAAACUUUAUACUUUAACUUUAACUUUAUAGUGUCUUCACUGGGUUGCAACAGCGAGAGGCAGAAUGGAAGAGUCAAGGAAAGGCAUAGAAGUGUAUGUCCUCGGAAACGUGACUUUUUAAAGUCCUUGUUCGAAAAUGGAAAACCGUACCAAAAAUUCUGACACAUUGAACACCUGGACAUGCGCAUUCACCUUUUAAAGGUUUUCGUGCAUUUUUGGUUCAUCAUGAAAUGUCACCCCAAAGCCUAAAUAUCCCUAACCUCUUAGGAUGAAGUAUAUUUCAGCGUUUCCCAACAUUUAUUGAGCCAAGACACUCGUUUUAGACAACAGGCUUAGCACCAAACCAAAAUGUCACUAAAAAUGAAUCCUUGACAAGCUUGUCUGAAUUUACUCACAAAUUGACUUAGUCUGGUGAAAUGCGGGCAUGUCUAGUUGAGCACAAAGCUCUUAUUUAGUUGUUUUGCUGUCACUAUACGUCACCGGCAUCAAUAGAUCAACAAAACUUGAGCAAUUUACCACGACGCAUCCUGAUGAACUGAUUGGGAAAUCACUGAUCAAUAUGACUGAGUUUGGGACAAAUCCAUAAUUUGCGCUUUGCGAAAGCCCACUUGAGAAGCAUGUGGCGGCUCCAUUGGGUGGCGUUUUCUUCUUCUUAGUCUUUUUUUUUUUUUUUUUAAUUAAUCCCAACCGAUACGCAAGUUGUACUUUUUGUAACCUGACUGUCGGUAAUGCGAAUUUGUACUUUAACCAAAAAAAAAAAAAA